AAGGACUGAACCAUCACAUGGAAUAUUCAAAUACAAGUAUUUUGACCUCGAGGAGCUGCAGGAGCUGCUGAUGGUGAACAUAGAGAACAACAAGCACCUGAUCACAGGAUCAGUCCGAGCCAAGGUACUGAAAUGGGGUGAAGAUGUGUCAGAAUUUCAGCCUCCCCCUGAUUACAUACUCAUGGCUGAUUGCAUUUACUAUGAGGAGUCCUUAGAGCCAUUGUUGAAGACACUGAAGGACCUGACUGGCCCCAACACGUGUGUCUUGUGCUGCUAUGAGCAGAGAACUGUGGGGAAGAAUCCUGAAAUCGAGAGGAAAUACUUUGAGCUGCUUCAGAGGGACUUUGAGGUGGAGAAAAUCCCCCUGGAUAAGCAUGACGAGGAGUACCGCAGCGAAGACAUUCACAUCAUGAACAUCCACAGGAAGCAAACGCGCUCCUCGGGUGUCAACGUGAUUAACCAGUUUCACUACUCCCAGCGUUUCCGGGAGCAGGAGUUGCUGAAGAGCGCGGAAAAGGGGAAGGAGAAGCUGUGGAGCCCCUUCUCCCCCGUGGCAGGGCAGGGCUGGAGGGACACUGGCCUGGUGUGGAGGCAAAAAGUGAGUGUAGCAUUGGAUCAAGAGUUUUCAGGCUGUGACCUGGAGGCCUUGGGUCAGGGAAACCCAUAG